AUGGCCGAAGUAAAAGCUCCAUCUGCAGACAUUGGAUCGGUUGAAGAACCUCUCGAUCUCGUCAGACUUUCUUUGGACGAGCGUGUCUAUGUCAAGUUGAGAGGCGAUCGUGAAUUACGCGGUAAAUUGAAUGCAUACGAUGGCCAUUUAAAUAUGGUGCUUGGUAACGUUGAAGAGACCAUCACCAUUGUCGAUAUCAAUGAGGAAACAAUGGAGGAAGUGAUCAGAACCGUCAAGAGAAACUUUGAUAUGCUCUUUGUUCGUGGUGAUGGUGUUAUCUUGGUUUCCCCUCCUUCAAGAGCAUAA